UAUUGGCGCUUUGCAGCACUGACAACGCAUCUGUGAGCACCAGCUGUCUUCCGCCCAUCUGGCAACUCUGUCAAAAUUAUUUGUUGUGCUGAGAAACAUGCGUUGCUAUUACGAGGAGCUCGAGCUCCAAAGAGACGCCAGCGAUGGGGACAUCAAGACUGCGUACCGUAAGAUGGCCCUGCGCUGGCAUCCGGACAAGAAUCCCGACCGUCUGGCGGAGGCGAAGGAGCGCUUUCAGCUGAUCCAGCAAGCGUAUGAAGUUCUCUCCGAUCCUCAAGAGCGGUCUUGGUACGACAAUCAUCGCGAGCAGAUCUUGCGGGGCAAGAACUCUGACUACGCGGAGAACUCCCUAGACGUGUUCCAGUUCUUCACCAGCUCCUGUUACAAGGGCUACGGCGACGAUGAGAACGGUUUCUACCGCGUGUACACUGAGGUCUUUGUUCAAAUCGCCUCCGAGGAUUUGGAGUUCAUGGACAAGGACGAUCGGCUGGGGAUGGCACCUGACUUUGGUCACUCGAACAGCAGUUACGAAGACGUAGUGGGUCCGUUCUACGCCUUUUGGCAGGCAUACAGCACUAGAAAAACAUACGAGUGGCUGUGUCCAUACGACGUUCGCGAAAUAAAAGAGCGCUUCAUCCUUCGCAAGGUGGAGAAGGAGAUGAAAAAGAUCGUCCAGGCUGCCCGCAAGGAACGCAACGAAGAGGUUCGCAACUUAGUCAACUUCGUGCGGAAAAGGGAUCGCAGAGUGCAGGCCUACAGACGCAUGCUUGAGGAACGCGCCGAGGCCAAUCGACUGAAGCAGGAAGAGAAGCGCAAAGAGCAGUUAAGAAAGCGCCAGGAAGAACUGGCGGCCGUCAGGAAGAAUAAUGUCUUUAACGAGGGCUACGAGGAGCAGCUGAAGCAGUUGGAGCAGCAGUACGGUAGCGAGUCAGACGAUUACACGGAUGAAGGUGAAGAUGAUGAGGAUGAGGAUGGCGAAAACUCUGACGGCGAAGGCGGUGCUGAAGCCGAGGAGUACGAGGUGGAAUAUGUAGAUGAUCUUUACUGCGUAGCGUGCAACAAGACGUUUAAAAACGCCAAGGCGCGUGCUAAUCACGAGGAGAGCAAGAAGCAUAAUGAAAAUGUGGAACGGCUGUGCCAGGAAAUGGAGGAAGAAGAGGACGCAUUCAACGAGGCAUCCCAUGAAGACAAUUUAAAGGACUUACAGGAAUCGCUGGAAGACUUGCAAAUCUCUGAGGAUGAGCUAUCUGUGGAUGGGGCUCCAAGCGAAGAAGAAUCUUCACUAGCCAAACGGACCAAAAAGAACAAAAAGGCAAGGAAGUCCGCUGUCAAACAAGCGCAGGAGGAAGCCAGUGACGGACCAGAUGAGCCAAUAGAAAAGAAGGCAAUCAACAGCGAGUCAGAGGAUGAAGACUGGAGUAAAGGCAAAAAGGCGAGCAAAAAGAGUAAGAGCAAAAAGACAACGACAAGGAAGGUGAAGCCAUUAGAGCAAACGGUUCCGGAACCAAUUACAAAGGAGGCUAAAGCGGCUCCAAAGAGCGGAGAUGAGGACCUCGACCCGGACAAGCCGCAACACACUUGUGUCACCUGUAGGCUUGUCUUUGAUUCGAAAAACAAGCUGUUUGCCCACCUAAAGAAGACGAACCAUGGCGUCUACAUACCCAAGGCAAAGCCUGAUGUUGAGGGCAAGCCUCCUGGCAAAGCUAAGGGCAAGCGCAACAAGUAGGUCGUAUGGAUAUCCAACCACACAUUGUAUCUAUACUUUAGAAUGUUAGAAGUUUAUUUAUGCUAAUGAUAAAUUUAAUUCGAGAAUGAAGUUAAGUAUGCUCGCUCUUA